UAUAAUUUUUCUUUCAAAUAUCAACACUAGGGAUUAUGCAUAGUGAUUUUUUAAAAGAAAUUUUCAUCGAAGUUUUUUGGUUUUUAUGGAAUUGGUGCUAUUUAAAUAUAGGAAAGAGCAAUAGUUACGUUGAAUUUAGUUCACUUUAUCGAAAUUUAGUUCAUUAUUAAGUUGAAUCAAACUAAUUUUUUAUUAAGUCGAUUCCAGCAGAUUUAGACGAGAUAAAUUGAAAUUGAAUACUCAGGAAAAAAGAAAGAUUCACUUGACUGCUAUUAUAGUAGUUAAAUUAGUGGAUUGAUCAAUCUUGAGUUGGGACUUUAAAUCUGUAUUGUAGAUUGAUUGAUGUGUGGGAUUUUGAUUGAUCGAGUGCAUUGUAUAUUGUGUGAUCAUGAAAUUGUUGUCUUAUGGUGCAAUUAGGGCUCCCUUUGUUUUGGAGGAAAAUGUUCUUCAAGAAACCGAUUUUACCCAUAUUUCGUUGUUUGGUUGGACAAGGGAUUUAAAAAGAAAAACUAAGGUGGAAAAGAAUUUUCCAUCCUUUUGUAAACAUUUUCCUUCACUUUCUGGAGAAUGUUUUCCAUCAAACCAAUCGGACCCAUGAGAAUGUUCUUGCAUGAUAUUGGUUGAAGCUGUUUGCUUUGAUCGAUGAGCUUAAUGUGUGAUAUUCAUUCUGAAAUCUUUACAUUUUGUUUGGGUAAUAAAUUUCUAGCUAGGAACCAUUUUUCAGUUUGCGCUACAUCCCCUUCCCCUCCCUUUUUCGUCGUUGUGCAAACUUGCUAAUGUAAUGAAGUAGGUAGUUUUUUCAUGUCUGAUGCAGUAGCUGUUGCACGAUGAAUUUCAAAUUGUUUUAGGGGCUCUUUAAGGAUUUCAUAUCCUGGAUUAGUCUGAAGAAGAUUUUAUAAUUCUUAUAUUCCAAGCGUUUUGGAGGGUUUGAGGAAUGAAGGUCUGAUUGAAGAAAGUGAAGCAGCUCAUGUUAUACACAUUUAAGGAAAAAAAGAUACCUCUUAUUGUUGUGAUGCAGGUUAUGCUUUUGGUGCUUGUAUAUCCAAGAGAAGCAGUGCCUGAGAGAAUAGACAGAAGAAUGUGGUAUGGAAGCUGAUAUGUCAGGAAUUCUAGCACUGGAUUUUCUAAAAGCUAUGAUUUGAUGAGCAAACAUCCUAAGAAACUAUCAAUUUGCUAGGGGUUUUUCAUCAAGACUUUUCUUCAAUAUCAGGAGAAACACAGAUGGAGAUGCAUAUCCAAUCUUUCCUAAACAAAAUCUCUCUAGUUGUUGCUAUAAUUGCCACCCUGCUCCUUGUUUCCAUCCUGCUUCGUCCACCAGAAACCUGUAUACUCUAUUUUUCUCCUCAAAACCCCUUCAAAUUUCCUCACUCCACAUGUGAUUCUCACCAUCACCCUCGCCCUUUCUCUACCCUUGAGAAGAAAAACCAUCGCCUCUGGUCCACUUCUGCAUGGAUCAACAAAGUCAAUUCUUUUUCCCUCGUGUUCAUUGACACCCAGAAACACGGCCCUACGCACAAAUUUUCAAUCCUGUCUAACACUUCAAAGUCCCUCUGCCUCUUAGCUGGUGCUGGGCAGGAAGUCAUGGCCCUUCAACAGAUCGGCGUGUCUGACGUUACAGCCAUCGAUCUUGUUGACUCUCCUCCCCUGGUUAGCCGUGCUGACCCUUACAAUCUACCUUUCUUUGAUGAUGCUUUUGAUUUCGCAUUCUCUGCUCAGUUUGACAUCGUUUUGUUUCCCUCUCGGUUUGUUGCUGAGAUGGAGAGGACAGUUAGGAUUGGGGGUUUCUGUAUUUUACUUUUGGAGGAAUGUACAAAUAAGGAGGUAAGAGAAGUUGUGAGAUUGUUUAAGAGAGGGGAGCUGGUUAAUGCGGACAAUUUGACAUUUAGUGGAUCAAAAAUGACUAGGAUUGUUGUAAAGAUUACAAGUUUUGUGGUAGAUUGAUUGUCAUAUGUGUAUGUUCUGACAGUUCCAAUAUGAAGUAUAUUUGAACCGUCAUUUUUGUAAGAUAUAUGAAAUUCAGCAUUGAGCGAAAGAUA